GUGCUUGUGUAGUUUUUACAAAAUACUUGUUAUUCGCUUAUGCCGUUACUUUUCAAUACAUUUCCGGUUAAAAAAAAAGAGUGCUAUAAAUUACAGCUGUAACUAUUUGAUUUACAGUACUUUUCAUAAUUAGAUAUAUAUUUAUAAAUUUUCCCAUUUUUUUAUUGUCUUAAAUUGUUUUUGUCGGUUAAAUUGUUUAGUCGUUGAACAUGUAUUCGAAUCAGUAUCCACAGCAAUAUCCCCAAUACAAUCAACAAUACCAGCAAUACCCUCAAAACUAUUAUCAAAUGUACAAUUAUAGCCAACCACCGCCCGCCGUGACAAAUACGUACAACGUACCACCGACGACUCAAAAUGCUACAACAUUUAUAAGUCAAAACGUGCCGGUUCAACAACCUAAGGUUUCUUCUCCCAGUCAAAACGUCACCAGUCUGUGGAUGGGUAGUUUAGAACCUUAUAUGACCGAGAGUUUUAUUACGGCUGCAUUUCAAAAAAUGGGCGAGUAUCCAAAAAAUGUUAAAUUGAUGAGAAAUAAAAAUACUGGAGAGACUGCUGGAUAUGCGUUUGUUGACUUUUAUGAUCCAGUAUCUGUAAUGCACAAACUUAAUGGAAAAUACAUUCCUGGCACUAAUCCUCCUGUUAGAUUUAAACUCAACCAUGCAGGAAAUCCAGGAAAAACUGGAGUGAGUGAACGAGAUUUCUCCGUAUGGCUAGGCGAACUAAGCUCUGAUGUCGAUGACUAUCAGUUGUAUAAAACAUUUGCAUGUCGCUAUCAGUCCAUACGUACAGCAAAAGUGGUAUUGGAUAGUGCUGGCUAUAGCAAAGGGUAUGGAUUUAUUCGAUUUGGCAGUGAAGAAGAACAAAAACACUGUCUUAACAACAUGAAUGGAUUUCCAGGAUUGGGUUCUAAACCUAUUAAAGUCAGCAGUGUUAUUCCAAAAUCAGAACGUCACGUUGUUGUCGCUUCGAAUGAAUCUCAAGGAUACAAGUCAAGUCAGGAUUAUGGACAAUAUUUCGAAACUAACUACUGGCAUCGAUAUUCCAUGUGGAAUCAGACACAAAAUCAAAAAUGUGUACCAAAACCAGAGUCGGUGAAUGAAACGCCAGCUGUUAAAACCAGUGGAAACCUUACUCUUGUGGAUUAUAAAAAGACAAUCGACGUCGAUGCGUUAAAUAAAGAACUCAUUUCACAAGACUAUAAUCUUUGGGAUGCAUUAGAAAGUUCAAAAUGGUUACCACUAGACACUAUUGAAGUUAUUUAAAUUAAUAUCUAAUUCCUAUUUUUUGUUUUAAAUAACUACAAAUUUAAAUUUAAAGUGUUACAGAAAAGCUCAAACUUUUAAAUAUCUUUUUAUUUCCAUAAUCAUUAUUUUGAAAAUUGUAUAAAUCGCUUAGAAACUAUUUCUAAAUUUAACCUAUUCGUGAAAUCAUCUAUGUUUUGAAGUUC